ACCGGAGAGGGAAAAAUUGUAUAUUGAUAGCGAAAUCGACCAAUUUGGCCUUCGUACGGAUAUCGCUGGGUUUCCUUGGAUUCCCCCUUUUGGUGUCUUGUUUCUUCUUUGCUUCUGUUAUUGCAUAAUUCGGCUAGGGAUUUGGGCUUGGGGCGAUUAAUCUUGGCGUCAGGGUUGGGAAUCGUGGGUAACGAUGAAGUCUUCGUUGAGGAGAUUGCGAGGGUUUGCGCUCCACAAACACGAGCACAAACAGAGGAGGGAGAAAGGCUUGGUGGCGUACCAGGACGAGCUGCUCCAGGCGACCCAGGACAUCCAUGACAUUAGGAACUUCUAUGACAGCUUACUUUCUGCAGCUGCUGCUACCGCAAAUAGUGCAUAUGAAUUCUCGGAAGCCCUAAGGGAGAUGGGUACUUGUUUGCUCGAAAAAACUGCACUAAAUGAUGAUGAAGAAAGUGGUAGGAUAUUGUUGAUGCUUGGAAAGGCACAGUUUGAACUUCAGAAAGCUGUUGAUAUCUAUCGUGUCCAUGUUGUUCAGACCAUUACAACUCCAUCAGAAUCUCUUCUCAAGGAGCUCCAAACUGUAGAGGAAAUGAAACGCCAGUGUGAUGAUAAAAGAGACUUGUACAUGUUGGCAGCACAAAGAGGAAAAGGAAGGUUGAGAAAUGCCAAAGGUGAAAGUUUCUCUCCACAGCAGUUGCAGGCAGCUCAAGAAGAUUAUGAAGAGGAGGCAACACUUUUCCUCCUUCGAUUGAAAUCACUAAAGAAAGGACAAUCACGUAGUCUCUUGACACAAGCUGCUAGGCACCAUGCAUCACAGUUAAACUUCUUCCGGAAAGGGGUCAAGUCUCUUGAAGUUGUUGAGCCACAUGUCAAAUUUGUAGCUGAACAGCACCACAUUGACUAUCAGUUCAGAGGACUUGAGGAUAAUCAAUUUGAAGAAUAUGAGGAUGAUGACUCUGAUGAAAAUGGAGAUCAUGGAGAACUGCAUUUUUAUUAUGGACAGCAUGACCAACAUCAUGAUGUUAGUUAUUUUUCUAGAAGCUCAAUGGAGGAAAUUGUAGACAGUCGUCAAGCAGAUUUCUCUCCUUUCACCAAGGGUCCUAGGGCUGUCAGUCUGUCAGCACCUCUUUUUUGUGAUAAGAAGUCUAAAUCAUCUGAAAGGAUAAAUCAGAUCGAGCCUUCAUCAGCAAAGAGGUUUUACGCAUAUGCUCUUCCUACUCCUCUUGAUGUUAAGAGCUCAAACUCAACAAGUUCAGCUAAUUCAGUUUCUGCUGCUCGGGUAGAAACCAAAGGUGUAUGGCCAGCACAACCGUGGCAUUCAUCUCCAUUGCAGCCAAAUUUUCUUGGCAAAGACUACCGAGAUGUUGAGUUGCCAAGCCCCACCAGUUUACCUAGAGAGCAAUCAAUACUUAAAGAGAGUAACAACAUCAGUAGCCCCAUCAGAACGCCAAUUGCUUUUAGUGUCGGGAUGUUCCCUCAGUUGAUUCCAUCAAAUGCAUCUGAUCCAAAGAAGAUUGAGAGACAAGCUUUUUCUGGUCCAUUGACAAGUAAACCGCCAUCAAGCAAACCAGCUAGUUCAACCAAUUCCAUGUCAUCAAUGGAACACCUGCCUGGUGUCCCUGCAAAACCAACAAACAUUCCCAUACCUAAGCUACCCCUGCCGCGGAAAGUUUCUCCAAGUGCCUCUCCUCCUCCUCUUGUGACAUCACCGAGAAUAAAUGGACUUCAUGAGCUUCCAAGGCCUCCAAUAGGCUUUAGUAAACAUACAGGACCUUCCAAUUUGAUUGGUCAUUCAGCCCCUCUGGUGUCUAGAGGUCAAGAGCUAAAUGCAACAUGCAAACCGCCAUCAAUUUCAUCUCACACAGCGACACCACUACCAAAACCUCCUGGUGUUAUGGCUCGCAGCUUUUCUAUACCAUCUAGUGGUCAAAGAUCAAACUCAACAGUUCCUAAGUCAUUGGAUCUUCCUCAUAAUCGAAGGACAACUGCAGACACUUCACCACCUCAUACAUCGAUGAAUGUUAGUGUAGCAUGAACUGCUUCGGAUAGAGUAAUAAAACUAGAAAGCUAAAGGAUUCACGUGAACAGAACUCUUUGUAGCUGAUGGAGCCAAUCCAUAUGUUCAUCACAUGUUGUUUGUGUACAUAAUGAAGUGAUCAACAGCUUUCUCUCUCAUACUUCCACUUCUUUGUGUUUUACUUACGGGAAAUGGGGGAUAAUUGCCCCCAAGUACUAAUAGGCACUGCUGGUUAAGAAAAGGAACCUCUUGUGUAAUAUAGUUGCACCAGAGAAAUGCCAGUUUGUGAAGUGAGAAACAUGUUGGGUGUACCGAGAUAUUUUUUGUGAAAAAUGUUCUUUUAAGUAUCAUCCACUGGGGCAAUCUUUCCUGGUCCAUCACAUGGUUUUAAAUUUCUUCUUAUUUAUAGAUACAGAAGUUGGGAAAUUUACCAGAUGUAUGAGCCCAUUAAGAAAUUUGUCAUUUCAUUUUAAAUGGUUGAUUAUCAGUUAUUUUGUUUA